UAGAAUAAAAAUUUUGUAAUUUGAGGUAAAUAAAUUGGUUAGUGCGAGAUAAAACAUGUACUAUUAUUAAUUAGAAAUUAUACCUACUUGAGCAACUAGCUGUAUGAAACACACAAUUUGGAUUUUAUACUCUCUAGAUCGCUAUUGCGGUUACGGUGAAAUGUUUGAGUAUACUACACUUAUACAAAAUGUUAUUUUUAUAUCACUAUUGAAACUAUAAGUUUUUUUUUUAUUUUUUUUUAUUUUAAUUUCAAAAUUGAAGAUUUAUUUAUAAAUGAUUUGUAAACCGUGCAUGACACGGGCACUAUACUAGUAAUAUUAAGAGUGUGGUCCAUUCACCUAAUUUUUAUUUAAUUGAACUAACUUAUUAAACUUAUUUUAGUUGUAAUUUGAAUUUAAAAAACUCUAACCAGAUCUUAUUUUUCGCGAACUUAUUUGAACUUAUGAGACUUGAAAUAAGUAAAGAUAAGAUAAACAGAAUAUACCCUAUUCAAAGUAAGAAUUACACUAAUAUUCUGUGUUUUAGCGUUCAUAAGGGGAUGUAUUUUACCAACCACGCUACGUCGCUACUCCAUUAACCAUAAAGGGCAUCAACUUUCCUCUGAAGAAAAAAAAAAAAAAAAAAAGAAAAAAAAAAAAAAGGGCAUCAACUAAACUCGUCGUUUUACAACUCAUCAAUGCCAAUUGCCAAUUACAAGUAUAGUAUUCAGUACUCACUAGUAGGAGCCUAGGAGGGACCGAGGGAAGCAUAACAGAAUAACUACAUUCUAUACUCAGACCAACAGAAAAACAUACAAACUAAUAUUCGCGGGAACACCAACGUCCUGCAAAUUCAGUUCAAUGCUUUCUCUCUCUUCAACAUUCAUUCUACCAUUCCAUAAUUCUCUUCCCCAGAAUCUUCUCCUUUCAUCUAUUGGGUUAUCACUGCAAUCAAAAUCUUCAAAACAUGCCAACUUCUGCAAAUCCCAAAACUUGAUUCUUCAAAGAAAUCCCCCAAAUUUUCGUUUAAAUUACAAAUUAUCUCCAUAUUCGGAUGAUUUAUUGGAAGUCAGCGAUGCCCAAAUUUCGCAAGAGAACCCAAUUGUUGGAAUUUCGGAAUCGCGGGGUCAAGGGGUUAGUCUUGAUCCAUUUUGGGUAGCUUCUCUGCUUCAAUCACGCUCUAGAUUAAAAGAUGUAAAAUUGAUACAUGCUUUGAUUUUGAAGUGUUUGAAUGAUUCUGUUGUGUUUGUUAAUAACAAUUUGAUUAGUGUAUACUUGAGUUUUGGAAAGUUAGAAGAGGCUCGCAAGGUGUUCGAUGAAAUGCCUGAGAGAAGAAAUGUUAUUUCUUGGACCACAAUUCUUAAUGGGUAUUUGAAUUUUGGUUUAGAGGAUGAGGGUCUUAGUCUUUUUGGUGAAUUUGUGAAGUCGGAGAUUCAAGCGAAUGGGACGACGUUUGUGUGUGUGUUGAUUUUGUGUGGAAAGAAGUUGAAUUUUGAGUUAGGGAAACAGGUUCAUGCUUGUAUUAUAAAAGGAAAAUGGAGCAAUUUGAUAGUAGAUAGCGCUGUUAUGUACUUCUAUGCACAAUGUGGGGAUUUUUCGAGUGCUUUUCGUGUCUUUGAUGGCAUGAAAGAGCGGGAUGUGGUUACUUGGACUACGAUGAUCACUUCUUGCUCUCAACAAGGCUACGGUGAGAAGGCCUUCUCACUUUUCUCAGAAAUGCUAAUGCACGAAUAUGUACCCAAUGAACACACUAUAUGUAGCGUUUUGAAGGUGUGUGGAGAAGAGAAGGCACUGAAAUUUGGGAGACAGUUGCAUGGCAUAGCAGUUAAGAAACUGAUAAACAAUGAUGUUUAUAUUGGCACUUCACUCCUGGAUAUGUAUGCAAGAUGUGGAGAAAUUGAGGAUUCUAGAAAAGUGUUUGAUGGGAUGAAAAGGCGAAAUAUGGUUACAUGGACUUCAAUCAUUGCCGGGUAUGCUAGGAAUGGGCUUGGGUAUGAGGCGUUGAAACUUUUCCGUGUGAUGAAACGAAGAAAAGUAGCAGCAAAUAAUUUGACAUUUGUAAGCAUACUCCGAGCCUGUGGUUCUAUUGGUGCUCUGGUAAUUGGGAAGGAAGUUCAUGCACAAUUACUGAAGAACUCAUCACAGAACAACAUCUACAUAGGAAGCACUCUUGUGUGGCUUUAUUGCAAAUGUGGUGAAUAUGGUCUUGCUUCAAGGGUUCUCCAACAUAUGCCCCUUCGAGAUGUUGUCUCAUGGACUGCCAUGAUCUCUGGUUGUACUCAAUUAGGGUAUGAGUUUGAGGCUUUUGAAUUUUUGAAGGAAAUGCUCAAAGAAGGAGUGAAACCAAACCCGUUUACAUAUUCCUCUGUUCUGAAGGCUUGCGCAAGCCUAGAAGCAGUUAAGCAUGGAAAACUAAUACACUCGUCUUUGAAUAAAUCCCCUACAUUUUCAGACAAUAUAUUCGUGGGGAGCUCCCUGAUUAAUAUGUAUGCCAAAUGUGGAUUUAUUUCAGAUGCAUUACAAGUCUUCAAUAGUAUGAAAGAAAAAAACUUGGUUUCUUGGAGAUCUAUGAUAGUGGGAUAUGCAAUGAAUGGGUACUGCCGCGAAGCUCUGCAGCUCAUGUACCAGAUGCAAGAGGAAGGUCUUCAAGUGGAUGAUUACACUGUCACAACUGUUCUUAGUGCGUGUGGAGAUGUGGAAUGGAAUACAGAAUCUCUUACUGAUGAACUGCUACUGAGUUGAUCCUGAUUCUAUUGACUAACUGUACAUAUGUUUGUGGAUGAAUUAGUUGUAUCAUGUAAAUUCAUAAACAAAGCAAUUACGAAAAGUUGAAUCCAAAGGUAUGUGUAACUUUGAUAUG